ACAAGGUUUGCUGCUUUUGUGAACUCAGUUUGUAUAUCUCACAGGGACCUAACGGUAUAUCUAUUUAAACUCGUCUUUUUUGUCUAUUUUUGUUCAGUAUUUAUUAGUAAAUAAGGACUUCGAAUAAUCCAGAAGACGUACUUUGCAAAUCAUGUAAAAAUAACAUCUGAACAGUCGAAUAUUUUAAUCGGUCGAAUCUUCCUGAAAUUGACAAACCACGCUUUUCCUUCAACGUUUGCCCUGCCCACCAAUCGAGUACGUUGAGUCAAAAGACACAUGUAAUCCAGUGAUGUCAUCUUACGUAAUUACACGUGUCACUUGGGUUCUACAACUUGGAAGCAUACGAUGCUUUGCGCGCAGCAUGACGUCACUGCCAACGCAGAUGAAAGCUUGGCAGAUUCAUAAGUACGGGGAUAACAGAGUACUAGAAUUGCAAAAUACACGUGUACCUGUCAUUUGCAAACCAAAUCAGGUCAUUGUCAAGGUUCACGCUGCCAGUAUUAACCCUGUGGAUAUAGCAAAUAGAGGUGGUUAUGGCCGACAAAUACUUUCAAAAAUGAGGAGUGAAGGCAGUGGGGGUGACAGUUUUCCUAUCACUCUAGGAAGAGACUUCUCAGGAGUUGUCAUGAAAACUGGACAAGAUGCAAAGAAGUUCAAAUAUGGUGAUGAGGUGUGGGGGAUUUCAUCAUUCCAGAAUCAAGGAAGUCAUGCAGAAUUUGUCUUAGUCUCUACAGAUGAAAUUUCUAAGAAACCAAAAUGUCUGAAUCACAUUGAAGCUUCGUCUAUGCCAUAUGUUGCCUUGACAACAUGGGCUGCUCUUAUUACAUUUGGAGGACUAACCAAAGACACCACGCUUGAUAAAAAAGUUUUAGUUUAUGCUGGAUCUGGGGAGUGGGUUCAUUUGCCAUCCAGGAUGGAUUUUAUUUUAGACACACUAGGAGGAGAUACAGCUGAAAAGAGAGACCUACUGAAGAAGUGGAAUAAUUCAACAUUGGUUUCCAUAGUUACACCUUUAAUUAAGGAUACAGAUCAGUAUGGUCUUCCAUUUGGUCUGGCCUCAACCGGUUUUUCAUAUAUGAAGAAUCUAUUUCAGGGCUUACGAGGUGGUAGAACGUACAGAUGGGCUUUCUGCAUGCCAAAUGCAAAGGCUUUAGAAACAAUCAGCAAAUUAGUGGAACAGCAACAGAUCAGACCAGUCAUAGAUGAAGUAUUCCCAUUUGAUAAACUCCCAGAUGCAUUUGAGAAAUUAGAAAAAGGAGGAGCCAGGGGUAAAACUGUUAUAAAUGUCAUUGGAAAAUCUAAUUAAUUAAUUCAAAACCAGAGACUGAUGAUGCAUAACAAAAAACAGGAUUUUCGGGCCUUAAUGACAGUUAUGUAUUGAGAGGAACGAGGAUUAAUUUUAGG